AUGAAAAUUAGAUCCUUGAUCGAUUCUGAAAGCGGUCUGCAUUACAGUCGGUGGAGUACCAUCGCCAUUGACGGCCCUCUUCGCCGUCAACUUAAUUUACAAACCAUCCCAUCCGCAUUCGAAUUCCUCCCCGCAUCCUUUCGUAUCACCUCCCUUCCUCCCCCCCGCCCCACCCCCUCUCCCCGUCCACCGUCCACCCUGUCGGCCACCAUGAGUGCUCCCAUCCGCCAAAUGCCCCUCGUCUGCCCUGGUCACAAUCGUGGUAUCGUCGAGCUGCAGUACUCGCCGCCAGGCCCGGAGGGCGUCUUCCUCAUGUCUGCCUGUCUUGACGGCAUCCCAAUGCUCCGCGACGGGCUCUCUGGCGAUUGGGUCGGCUCAUUUGUCGGCCACAAGGGAGCCGUAUGGGGCGCCUGCAUUUCCACCGACGCGUCGCUCGCCGCCACGGCCGGCGCCGACUUCACCGCGAGGCUGUGGGACGCCGUCAACGGUGAGUGCAAGACCACCCUCACGCAGAAGCACAUCUGCAAGUCCGUCGCCUUCUCCGCCGAUUCCUCCCGCCUGCUCACCGCGGGUAACACCAACUCCAUCAACAUCUAUGAUGUCAACGCAUGCGAGGACACCCCCGUCGCCUUUCUCGCCCCGGCGGAUCCCAAGGCGAAGACUACCGUCAAGCUGGCGCGCUACGUCCGCUCAGGCAGUGACAUCGUCGUCUCGGCUACCUCUGGGGAGCGCGAAGAGAAGGUCCUCUCCAUCUGGGACGUGCGUUCCGGCAAGCGCGAGCGCACCCUCCCGCUGGGCUCUGUCGCCAAGUCGGGUGAGCUGACGCCCGACGGCAAGUUUCUUACCGUCACCGCAGGCGACGCCACCGUUUCUGUCUACGAUCUGGAAAAAAUGGAGCGCACCAUGCAGGUCGCCGUUCCUGUGUCCACGGAGAGCGCUAGCUUGAGGUACCCGCAGAUGGAUAUGAUGGUCACAGGGGGGCAGGACCUUACCGUGCGCAAGUUUGACUUGAAGAAGGACGGCACCGCUAGUGAGGUCGAGGCGAAUCGCGGCCAUCAUGGGCCCGUCUGGGUCCUCAGGUUUGCGCCGGACGGUGAGAGCUAUGCUAGCGGAAGUGAUGAUGGCACCAUUCGUUUGUGGAAAACUACCAUUGACCCUUCUCUCGUGGCAUAGUGCCCACCGUGUCCGUGGGCGAUACUUAGAAUUACUCUACCCCGAGUUGCGCAAAUGCUCCAGGGCAUGGACAAGGCAAACCUGCGACUGCAGUUUGACAAGAGACAUGCAUACCAAGGUAUUUACGUGGAUGCUUGACGAGCCUGCCUUUGUCUCUUGUUUUGACAAGAGGCGAAAUGCGAUUAUUGAGAUAUGCAUAGUCCAUGCAGUGAUGUUUGUCGCGCAAGAGUGGGUCCUUCAACGUAUGUUUACAGGGCCAGACACGCAGUCAGCUUUACUCUCACGAUGACGCCAUCCCUUCGAUCAUGAGUCGGAAUCCCUCGCCAAUGUCAUCACUUUGCGCUUUGACUGAGGAGGCAAGGCCUGGCAUAUCCGAUUUCAUGUCAAACAUAUUCGAGAGGAACAGGAGUGCGUGAAAGUCAGAAAGUCGUUUGGUAUACGGCAUACUCGUAUCAGAAACAGCUUUCUUCACGUCACUGGGCCCUUGCGGAACGAUUUCUCGAUUCUCUAUCGCAAAGGAGGUGCGGAGCCAGCUCUUGCAACUCUUGAUGGGAAUAUUCAAGAUGAAGAACUCGGUAUGGACCUUCUUUGUAUCGGUCCCUUCUACCAGCACCUCUUCCUUGCAUAGCACGCGCCCGCCGUUUGGUUUUUGCUUUUCUUCGCCUUCGAAAAUCUCAGCUUCGUACAGUUCGACAGCCAAGUCUGAGAUCUGAUACGCCUCGAAGUGUGUCUCGCCCGUCUCGGCAGGGCUGACGACGAGCACGACAAAAGCUUUUCUCUCCUCCUUACUCAUCGUACUGAGGAGUCGCGAGACAAAGACAACAUCCAAAGCCGAUAAAAUACACUUGCGUGGUCUGUUUGAAAACACGACACCAACUUUCUUGAGCCCCAACAUGUCCGCUAACGCAUCCGCCCGCGACGUCAUGUCGCCCGCCUCCUCACCUUCCACCAUUACGUAACGCUGAUCGUCCCCCCGUUGUGGCGGCUCGUAUAUCGCUAACACGCGGGUCU